CGGCGGCGGGGGGGAGCCGGCGCGGGGGCGGCGGUGCCGGUGCCGGUGCGGCGGGCGCAGUGCGCGCGGGCUGCCGAGCGAGGCGGGAUGCGGGCGGCCCACGGGCUCUGGGCGGCGCUGGCCCUGCUCCUGCUGCCGGCCGGCAGCCGGGCCCUGCGCGACGGGGAGUGCGAGGUGUGUGUCACGUUCCUGGGAAGGUUCUACCAGAGUCUAAAGGACAACGAUGUUGACUUCACACCUGCCAGUAUUGAAAAGGAGCUUUUGAAAUCCUGCAAAGAAGCAAAAGGCAAGGAGAACCGCCUGUGCUAUUAUGUUGGGGCCACAAGUGAUGCAGCCACCAAAAUCAUUAACGAGGUAUCAAAGCCCAUGAGUCAUCACAUCCCCGUGGAAAAGAUCUGUGAGAAACUAAAGAAGAAAGACAGUCAGAUCUGUGAACUAAAAUACGACAAGCAGAUCGACCUGAGCACCGCCGACCUGCGCAAGCUGCGGGUGAAGGAGCUGCGGCGGAUCCUCGACGACUGGGGCGAGGCGUGCAAGGGCUGCGCCGAGAAGUCCGACUUCAUCCGCAGGAUCCACGAACUGAUGCCCAAGUACGCGCCGCGGGCCGCCGGAGCCCGCGCGGACCUCUGAGGGGGUCCGGUCCGAUCCGGUCCGGUCUGGUCCGGUCCGAUCCGGCCCGGCGGGGAGGCGGCCGAGGCGCGCGCCCCCGGCGGCGGUAGCUGAGGCGGCGCGCGCUGUACGGGACGUUCAUUAAAGUACAACGGUCUCUACCGGG